UGAGUGCUCCACCAGCCACUGUGGGCACAGAUGGAUCUGCCAACCACACGCACAGGACCUUGAGAGGCUGCUCGGGCCUUGAAAUGAUUCUUCUUACAAGGAUUUUCCUUCUUCCUCAAGGGAAAGAAAACCCAUUGAUAUAAAACCCCACUUGCCUUCCGGCUUCCCCUGCUAACUGCCACUCCAACAGAGACGGAGUGUGGGCAAAUACAGGAGAAAGAAAAAAUCCCAAUGCAUGCCGAGCCACCUCCGGCAGUCUACGUGCUCACCAUCAAGGGACACAAGUGCAGCAGAUGCUGACUCAGCCCAUGCCAUUAAGAGUUACAAAGCAAGAAGAAAUUUGGAAGCUAUGCGUAGGGCGCACAGGCCUCCACCAGGGCAGCACAGGCACUGUGACAGAUGCUUCAACCGUCACUGCCACAUGCCUGUGGAGCCUGGUGUCUCCUGCCUGGUGAUAAACUGCCACCUGUCCUGCGGCGCUACCUUCCACAUGUGCAAAGAAGCAGAGCACGAGCUCCUGUGCCCUUUAGAGCAGGUUCCGUGCCUCAACUCCGAAUCUGGCUGCCCCCUUUCCAUUUCCCGCCACAAGCUGGCCAAGCACCUGCAAGUGUGCCCCGCCAGCGUGGUCUGCUGCUCGAUGGAGUGGAACCGCUGGCCAAACGUGGACUCUGAAACAGCCCUUCACGAGAACAUCAUGAAAGAGACCCCCAAUGAGGAGUGCUUGGACACAGCCCUGGCCCUCCAAGACCAGAAGGUCCUCUUUAGAUCUCUGAAAAUGGUAGAACUUUUCCCAGAAGCUAGAGAACCCAUGGAAGAGGAACCUACCAUGAAUGGUGAAGCCAGCUGGAAGGAAAUGGAAGGAGCGGUGGGCGGGGCAGAUGCUGGUUUGGUAACAAGCGGCUCUCUGUCAACCACCAACGGAGAGGUGGCAGAGCUGAGCCAAGAAGAACGAGAGGUAUUAGCCAAAACCAAAGAAGGGAUGGACCUAGCCAAGUUUGACAAGUGGGAAAAUAUGUUCAGCAAAGAGCACGCGGCCUCUGCUUUAAUGAGCUCAUCAGUGAGCAGUGAGGGCACGAGCAGGGACGGCCCAGAGAUAGAACAGAUUUCCAGCAGCAACAACACAGUAGAAGAGAGCGCUGCCAAAGGGAAAGAGACACAGGAAGACCAGAAGCAGCGGGACUUUCAUGCAGCCAUAGAAAAGUCAGGGCUUGCCCCUUGGCAGGAUGGUGUUCUGGAAAGACUGAAAACAGCUAUGGAUGCAAAGGACUAUAAUAUGUACCUGGUGCACAAUGGGAGGAUGCUUAUUCACUUUGGUCAGUUGCCUGCUUGUACACCUAAAGAGAGAGACUUUGUUUAUGGCAAACUUGAGGCUCAGGAAGUGAAGACGGUUUACACCUUCAAAGUUCCCGUGAGCUACUGCUGGAAGCGGGCUCACCUCAGAGACACCUUGUCGAGUUGUAGGCCAAGUGAACACAAGGCAGUAGAUACUUUGGAUUUAGGGAUCACUGUGGAGGACCUGCCCAAAUCAGAUCUCAUCAAGACCACCCUGUUGUGUGCUCUGGAAAGAGAACUCAAAGGUCAUGUCAUCUCUGAAUCCAGGAGCAUUGAUGGGCUGUUCAUGGAUUUUGCUACACAGACAUACAGUUUUGAGCCAGAAGAAUUUUCCUCCAGGACGGUGCUGGCUGACCUUCUAACCACUGCCAACCUGAAUGGGCUCCAUAUGGAGCUCCACAGUGAGUGUGUGACCAGGAGACACAACAAGAGCAGUUCUGCCUUUACUUUCACUUGCAACAAAUUCUUCAGGAGGGAUGAAUUCCCCCUACAUUUCAAGAAUGUCCACACAGACAUUCAGUCAUGUCUCAAUGGUUGGUUCCAGCACCGAUGCCCCCUUGCCUACUUGGGAUGUACCUUUAUUCAAAACCAUUUCUGUCCCCCAGGGCAAAAGGCAAAAGUAAUCUAUAGUCAGGAGCUCAAGACCUUUGCCAUCAAGCCGGAGGUUGCUUCAGAGCUGAGUGAGGGAGGGAACAGCCAUCUCUCAGGCCGUGAAGGAAAAAGCCAGAAUUCUCUAACCAGCCUGCCCCUGGAGGUUUUGCAGUACAUUGCUGGGUUCUUAGACAGCGUCAGCCUAUCCCAGCUCUCCCAGGUGUCCGUGCUGAUGAGGAAUAUCUGUGCCACUUUGUUACAAGAGAGAGGGAUGGUCCUCCUGCAGUGGAAGAAGAAGAGGUAUUCCCAUGGAGGCACCUCGUGGAGAGUUCACAGAAAGAUCUGGCAGUUCAGCAGCCUCUUCUCCAAAAUCAAGAGCUGGGAGUUUAAUGAAGUUGCCUCCAUGUCUGAGCACCUGAAGUCCUGUCCUUUCAACGUUGUAGAACACAAGACUGACCCGAUUCUUUUGACCAGCAUGUGUCAGCCCCGUGAGCAGGCCUGAGAGACUUUAGUCACCACCUUUAAAGCCAGACCAAGAGGAAGACACACCUACUAAAGGCUCAGAAGCCACCAUUCUUGGAUUCCCACUCAGGGUUACUGAAAGUUCGACAGAGUUUGGUUUUGAGGACUUCCUUCUGUAAACUGCAAAUGUGCUUAUCUGGGUGUUUUGGAACAUGCAAUGUCCUUCAAAACCUGAGCAGCUGCACAAGGUCGAAGAAUUUCCUAAGCCACGGCUUGUAUAACUGCUAUAGUGCCAUACUGAUAACUUAUUCCCCCCCCCGCCACCACUUUUUUUCUAAAAUAAAUCAGUCUGUGAAGUAUUUUAAAUAGGUGACUUGAGGCCAUUUGGAAGAUGAGUCCAAGUCCUUAGGAGAUGAGAGAGCCGUGAAAUUCCAUAACCAGCACAGGCCUGUGCUUUUGUGGAGAGCUUUUCAGUUUAUAAGCACUUUCAAUGAUAUGGAGUAGGCAUUGUAGGGAUGGGGACUGACAUGCCUCCCAGGGCACCCAGGGUGAAGGGCACAGUUUGAAGUUUCUGGACCUGGGGUUGUCUUGACAGUCAAGUCCAGGGCUUUUUUUAGUUGCCCCACUGCCUCUAAGCCCAGACAGUCCAAACAGCCUGAAAGAAUAGAGACCUAGGCUAAGCACAACAGCCUCGAGGACACCAAAGGCCACAGGAUGAGAGGUGGAAAUGAGGUCCUAGAAUGAGAUUGUUGUGUAGAAUCUUGGCAACAUAUAGAAGGACAGCCUUGGAAAAUGAAGAAGAAUCCAGAGGAGAUAUUAUAUUUAUGGAGAAAAUUAGGACCAAAAGCCAGAGCCUACUUUCAAACAUUUUAAUAGUGAUUUGAGAGUCAAGGUUCUUUUCCUCUGAAAAUUAUAUUAUCCGUCUGGAUUAAGGAGACCACAGGCAUGGGCCAGCACCACCCUGGGCUAAGUGAAAUGAUCACGAGACACUAACACCAACUUCAGUGUCAUGUCAGAAUGCACAGGGUAGCCCAAGGAGACCUCGUAUCUGGAAAAGUCCAGACAAGGCCCACUGCAGCUCCUGUGGUACCAGUCGCCAGGUCCUAGACAUCACUUGAGUACCCCAUCGGGAAUCUUGAGAAGGAAGACAUCUGAACAUAGUGAUUCCCUAUAAUUGCUCUUACCUAUUGCUGGCCAUGACUGCAUUCUGUCAAAAAUGUGUGACACUUCUGGGUUUUGGUAACAAAUAGUUAAAACUUAUGAGAACAAAAGUAAAAUAAAAAUACACAAUAGAUACUGGCAUCCCCUAAAGCAGGGUUUCAUGGAACUACUGACAUUUUAGACUGGAUAAUUCUUUGUCAUAAGGGACUGUCCUAUGUGUUGUAGGAUGUUUAGCAACAUCCUUGACCUCUAUCCAAUAGAUACCAGUAGCACCCCUACAGCUAUAACAACCAAAAAUGUCUCCAGACAUUGCUAAAAAUCCUCUGGGAGCAAAACCACUCCUGGUUGAGAACAACUGCCCUAAAGAAUGACAUGCCAAUGGCAGUAAAUUAGGAUAAGCUUUUUAGUACAGCAAAUUCUUAUCUCACAUAGUUAUCUACAAUGGUCAUGAUUUCAUGUAGCUCUUCUUUCUUUACCAAAUAGGUUUUAGACACAUGAUGAUUUUAAGUUGGGAACCAAAUGGAGCUGGUUUGUUUGGUGUGGCUUCACGUCCUUGGGUCACAGUGCAAAAAGUAUAUCCUAUCAGCUCUCCAGGUAUAGCUAAAGCCAGGAAGGUUGAGCUAUUUAUCUUAACCCUAACUGUAACUCUCACCCUAGCCCUAGCCCUAACCUUAACCCUCUCUCCUUAAUCGAUGCCGUUUUCCUAGCAGUCCUCAGCAAGUGAGAAAGAAGGGAAAAGGAGGAUGGGCAUUGUGGGGAAGCAGAGAACAAAGAAUUUAACCAACAACAAGAAAAAAGAGUCUAGUCAAUAUGAAUGUUUGUUAUUGCCUGGGUUUCCCUCUGAACAUGGUCCAGAGCUGGUAUAGAUGAAGUAGAUGACACCCCUGAGAAGAGUCAAGAAGGCAUUAGAGCAAAUCCCAGAGUAGAAGUAUGCUUAUCUUCCAUUAUAAUGUGCCACUUGGGACUAUUCAGUAACGUAACUCUAUUUUUCCUAAUCCUUAUUGUUUGGUUUAUAUUUCACAUUUGUAUAUAAGGCGCCAUUUUCUAAAAAAUAUAACUAGAGUGUGAGCUAAGAUUUUAUUCAGUGAAGAUGAAUAACUGCGACAGCUAAGCAGUGAAGUGGGAGAAAAGGAACCGAUCCAGGGUUCAGUUCCGUGUGUUUUGAAUCUAGUCCUUCCUAUAUGGAGGAUGAAGUUUCUGAAAAUCCAUUUUGGGUUUCUUAUUUUAUUAGAAAAAGAAAGCAAGGGGAGCUGUAGACUAAGGGAGGUGAAAAUCUGGGGCUACCGUGAGCUGGAUGAGAAGUACAGAGAAAGGAAGAGAGCAGAGGGCUCUUCCUUGACACUCUGGGCAGCCCAGGGUUCGGGAGGGCAUUCAGGAGACUAACCGCACUGCUCUGUGGGCCCCACCCUUCCAGGCACACUUUACUUUCCCAGCUGCUGCCUUCAGCACAAUACUGAGCUGAUCAACAUCAUCAAACGCAUUUUACAAGGUAUCUGAUUGUAUAUGUCGCAGGAAACCAGAGUAUUGCAGGUAUCCACUGGCCUACACAAUCAAGCACAUUUUAUGGUGAGAGGGCAAUUGGAGAAAAAGGGAAGCCUUUUAGAGAGACGGUGGAGUAGACAGAUGAUUUGAUCAGUGGGAUGAAGCUGUAGUGAGCAGCACGUGCAGCAAGCAUCAUCUGAGAGAGGCAAGACGGCUAGACACGGCUUCAGAUUAAGAAGCAGCUAAGGAGAGUGAAAGGGGACUGUGGACCCAAGAACAGGAGCCUGGACAGGGAGGUGUCUGUGAGCAGAGCCCUUGAAGAGAAUCACCGCCAAGAAAGUCAGUCCAAGUAGAGAUCAGCCGAAUGUGGAGGGCGAGGUCUAUAGAACUGAGGCAGAAAGGACUUUAUUGCCUUAAUAAUAUAAGGAUCUGGAAAAGAAGUUUCUGUCUUAUAAUGAAGGGAAAAGUGAAAAGCAAGGUGGAACUUGGAUGUAAGAAUAAAACCACUGCAAAAGUCUGAUCUAUGUGUGAUGUCAGAUCAAACUGAAGUGAAGAAUGAGAUUGUGUAUAUCUAGUGUGACUUACCUCUACACACUGGAAACCCCAAUGUCUCUAUAGGCAGAAAUAAAAGCUGCUUUUCACUCUGAAA